AUGUUCCAAGAGUUUGCACCACAGGACCCACAUGACAAGUGUGGUCACCACUAUGCGAUUUUCCUUGACCUGAAGAACCAACGUUUUGAGGUGCUUAGUUCAAUGCGUUCAGAAGAUGAUGCAGACCAUACUACACAUACUGAAUUCUUCAUCGAAAACCUCAAAGAGACAUGGAACCGUCACUACGAAAACUCAAGGGUCCAGAUCGGUCAUUUUCCAAUCGAUUAUGUCGCGACUACUAAGCAAGGAAACCGGCAGGACUGUGGAUUGCACAUGCUGGAAUACCUUGCAAAGUUGGAAGGCCGACGGGUCCCUGUCGUCACAGCUGCAACGAUCAUUGAGCUCCGCAAAAUAUACGCAUGGAAUUGGUUGAUGAAUGAAGAUUUCAACACGCGGGCCAACGCACGAGAUUUCAUAGAGGAAGCUGUCAAAAAACACUAG